UGUGCACUGCUAGCGAGGCUCAGGACUCCGUUUCCCAGAAGCCUCAGCGCCACAUUCAGGCAGCGGGGAGGGGAAGGGAAAGCCUCUGCGCAGGUGCAAUGCUCAGCUGGCGUAGAGGGGAAGCCCCAAGCUCUGGAGUAGAGGAAAUAGGCGCGUGCUGAGGUUUUCUGUCCAGAGGAAGACAGAAUGGCUUCUGGGCUUCUGCUGACCAGAGUCCAGGAGGCAGUGACGUUCAAGGACGUGUCUGUGGACUUUACCCAGGAGGAGUGGGGGUGCCUGAGCCCUGCUCAGAGGGAGCUCUACAGGGAGGUGAUGCUGGAGAACUGCAAGAACCUGGCCUCCCUGGGGCUUCUGGAUCCCGAAGCGUACCUGACGUCCUGUUUGGAACAAAGGAAGGAGCCCCGGGAGAGCCAUCUGCAGGGAGGGGUCUUAAGAAGAGCCCGCCCGCCCCCAGGAGGCCACUCCAGCAGGCAACUGGGAGCCGGGGUGUGGAGCAGCCCCUCUGGUCACUCAGGCUGGGCUACUAGAUUUGAGAACCAAGAAUCGUCUCAAAAUCAAGGAGUGUCACCUGGGAUGCUAAUAGAACAUUUCGAUGGGGAUUUCCCCCAAAGCUGCACAUUUGGGGAGGGUCCUAUAAAAGAGAUUGAGUUUUGGCAGAAGGUCCCACCUGACCACACCCAUCUUAAUCAACAUAAGAGACUCCUGAAAAAAGAUAAACUCUAUGAUUGUGAGGAAUGUGGGAAGGUCUUCACUAGACACACAAACCUUAUUCUACAUCAGAGACUUCACACUGGAGAGAAACUCUAUAAAUGUGAAGAAUGUGGGAAGGCCUUUAGCUGCAAUUCAUCCCUUACUCAACACCAGAGAGUUCACACUAAAGAGAAACCAUAUCAGUGUAAGGAAUGUGGGAAGGCCUUCAACUGGAGGUCAUCCCUUACUCAACAUCAUAGAAUUCACACUGGAGAAAAACCCUAUACAUGUAAAGAAUGUGGGAAGGCCUUCACCAACCGGGCCUCCCUUAUUAAACAUGAAAGAACUCACAGUGGAGAGAAACCCUAUGAAUGUGAGGAAUGCGGGACAGCCUUCAUUCAGAGAUCGAACCUUACCAAACACCAGAGGAUUCACACUGGAGAGAAACCUUAUCAAUGUAAGGAAUGUGGAAAGGCCUUCACCAACCAAUCCUCCCUUAUUAAACAUGAAAGAAUUCAUAGUGGAGAGAAACCUUAUCAGUGUAAGGAAUGCGGGAAGGCCUUCAACUGGAGCUCAUCUCUUACUGAACAUAUUAGAAUUCACACUGGAGAGGAACCUUAUAAAUGUAUGGAAUGUGGGAAGGCUUUCAGGAAAAGCUCAUUGUUUACCCAACACCAUAGAAUUCACACUGGUGAAAAGCCUUAUACUUGUAAAGACUGUGGCAAGGCCUUCAGGCAGAUGUCAUCCCUUACACGACAUCAGAGAAUUCACACUGAAGAGAAACCUUAUGAAUGUCAGGAAUGUGGGAAGGCCUUCAGCAAUAGCUCAAAUCUUACCAAACAUCAGAGAAUGCACAGUGGAGAGAAGCCUUAUAAAUGCAAAGAAUGUGGGAAGGCCUUCACCAACUGUUCAUCCCUUAAUAAUCACAAAAGAAUUCAUAGUGGAGGAAAAGCCUAUGAAUUUAAAGAAUGUGAAACAACCUUCAAUUGGAGCUAAGCUCUUACUCCAUGUAAAAAAAAACAAAAACAUAGCCUGGAGGAGUAUUCAUUAAUGUAAUGAAUAUGGGAAAGCCUUAUGUAUAAAGGGUGAGGUCUUAUUUAAUUUCACCAAAUCCAUCCUGGAUAGAAAUUCUAAGAAUGCAGUGAAUGGAGAAAACCUUUCAGGCUUUACCAUGACUGAAAUCACUCUGUAGGGAAUGCCUACAAAUGUAAAGAGUAUGCGAAAGGAAUGAGUGGUUUUAUGUCAGUCUGGCUUCCUUUCAUCACUUAAGAAGAGUAAUAAAUUUACCAAAGUGAAAGAAAACCGCCAAAAUAUAGAGGCAAAGAAAUCCUCAAAAGGAAAGUCUUGCGGGAAAAAAGCAGUGAGAAUAUAGUACUGAGUACUCAAAAAAAUAACUCCAGUUAUAUUGAAGAAAUAAUAUUAGUGUAAUACCAACUAGACUCCCAACCAUGAAAAUGGAGCUACCACAAAGAUUUCCAAAGUGAAUGAAAGGCUUUUAAAAGAAUUGAACAUUUUAGAAGGGAAAUUGGAGCUCAUCAAAUAGAAUUAGAAAAAGUAAACAAAAUUAAUGGUUUAGAAGAGAAGGUGGAAAUUCUUCAUUUCAGUGGAUGAUAAUGGAUAAAAGGAUAAUGGAGGAGAUAUAAUUCAAACAUUCCAAUAUGCAAAAAAUGAACAUCAGAAGGUUGGAAAUUGGCAAAUUGAAAGUAUGGCUGAAGACUCUAUAGAGCCAAAAGCAAGACAACUGGCCUUGAAGUUGGUGAGACAAUCUGAGAAGUGUUGGUGUCCCAGAAAAAACUGAUGAAAUUUAGAACCUGAAUCUCGUAUUUUAAGAAAUCCUACACAAAAAGAGCCCAGAAGAUUUUAAUUAGUAGCCUGGAAUACAUUAAAUCCAAGAACAGAAACUUCUGGUAAGGACUUUAUUUGACAAGAACUUCUGGGGGAAAUGGAAAUAUUUGUCACGAAUGUGCUUGGACCUGCAACUCAUAACAAAAUAGGCUUACAGAUAUCCUGAAUAUAAGUGGUCACACCAUCAAAAUUAAAGGAGAAAAGAAGGAAUUCUCUUUCUUUUUCUAUAAACUACAUGAAGUAAAGAAUUCUUGACCAAACUACACAUUGAAGUCAUCACUUAAGACAAAAGAGAUAUAGAAUUAAAGUUACAUAGAAUUAAAAAGGUUUUGCUCAAACAAAAGAAAUAUAAGGAUAAUAGAAAUUUCCCAGUGGGGGGAAAAUCUGUGUUAACUACGACUGAUAAAAGCCUGAUAAUCCAAAAUGUGUAGGCAAUGAACAGAACUGUCUAACACCCAAAAUCAAGUGGUCAGGGGAUGUGGAUAGUUUUCAGAAAAAAAAUUGAAAGCCAUAAUGGUCUGAUGAAAACAUACUCCAAAUUUACUCAUCACAAGAGAAAAGCAAAUUCAAAAAACAAAUUUAAAACUUUCACCUCAACCUCACAAAUAGAUAAAGGUGAAAAAAAGAACAGUCACUGUUGGAGUUGUCAAGGAAACAGAAGUAUGCCCCUGAAUAGCCUCAACCAUUAUAGAUGACAAUUUGGUAUUAUACAUGAAAUGUGACUACAUUGUUCAUACCCUCUGUAAAUAUCAAUCAGAAUACAAUAUAGACUACCCUAUAUUUCUCCACAACAGCCUAUCUGUUGGAAAAUGACUAAAACUGAUACGUGAAUGUAAGGAAUGUUAUUUUAUUGCAAAAAGAUAAAGAUGAGGAAUUCGGAGAAAUGUGGGAACAUUUGUAUGAACUAAAACCUAGUGAAGUCAGUAGAACCGGAACAAUAUCAACAAUAAUUAUGACAGUGGAACUUCAAAGAGCCUCAAACACUGGUGACAGGAACGCGGGACCAUGUGGGCAGAAUGUGAAUUGUGAAUUGAGAUCACUGUGUCAAUUCUAUUUGCUUAAUUGUUCUUUUUUAAACAAGGGAAGGUUCGGUUUAGAGGCACAAUGAAAAUGAGAUAAUUGAAAACAAUUGCAACAUGAAAAGGUAUAAAUAAACUUUAAAAAAAAUUAAUGAGGAUGAUUUGAAAAAAAAAUUGUUGUAGAAGUUAUUUCUGAUAAAGGACCCAUAUCCAGGGUAUGUAGGAAGUGGAUACAAAUACAGAAUACCAAGAACUAUUCCCUAGGGUAAGGAGGGUUGCAAAAGGAAAGAUGGAAUUUUACAUUUGAGUUGAGUGACAGCAACGAUGGUUGGAAGCAGAGGAUGCUGGGAAAGAAGAGGGGACUUAGCAAAGAUCUGUGAAGAAAUCUGGAGGCUUUUGAGCAUUUCCUUGCUGGGGACCUCGCCAAGAACCAUAAAAGGAUUCAUCUAUAUACUGCCCAGAAAUUAAUUCUGCCAAGUCAUUUCAUCAAUCUGAUACCUCAAGGACCAUCUCAAGAGAGUGUCAGACACUUCAGACUGGAGAGGGUCGUGGACUCUUUGCCUUAGAGCCCAGCUUUCUCCCUUUGCCCUUUUACACCUGCUCUGACUAUUCCUUAGCCCAGUAAUAAUAUAACUAGUUGAGAGAAUUAGUGGGAUGGGAAGGAGAAACUCAAGUUGGCUAGACAGCUACUUGAGUGACAGACCUCAUUUAGGGGGACAAAUCAGGGACCCCGACUCCCUCUUUCCAACCCCCUACUUGCCUUAUAACCAUUGUUCAUUAAACCUUUGACUUAACAGUCAGAUAUUUAUUCAAGUGGUAUAUUCUUGGAGCUUAGGGAUGGUAACUUGCUGAGAAAAGAGAGAUCGGCUUUAACAGAGAGCAACCAAGACCCCUCCCCAGCUGAGUCAAGGACAUGAGGAGGCUUGUCUCCUCAACCUCUUCAUGCCAGGAAAUCUGGGGUAUCCCCUGGUUCACCUGAUAGGGGAGACCUUCUCAUCACUCAUUCACAACAGGGGAUCCCCUAUUAUCUGUGCAACAUCCCCUUUCAGCAUCACUGAGGAGAAUGAAGGAGAGUAGGAGCCAGCCCAUUGCAUUCAGCUGUUUCCUUCUCAACAAGCUCCCUGGAAAUCAUCAUCUUACCAUCAUUAUAAUAAUACCAAACAUAUAAUUAAUGUACAAUCCUUACCCUAGGGGGCGAUGGAGGAGUGGCGAUACAACAGGUGGAGGUGACCACUGGCAGUUGUAGUCACGAUCCAGGCCACAGCCGCACCUCCCAUAACAACUGGCGUCCCAGGCCCCAUGUGCCACAAACUUUGCGCCUCAGCCUUUGGACUUCAAAGUCAUAUGAGGGUACACCGUAGAUGAAAAUGCACAAAGACAAUCGUCAUUCUCGGUUACCGAGACACUGCUACUAUACCCUAGUCAUGAGGAAAUAUCACAUGAUAUAAACAAUCUUUUCAGAAAGAAAUUCAAAUUAUUAAUAUCCGUAUGAAUGUUCCAAGUCACUAAUAAUUAGAAACAUGUAAAAAUGGCUCUGAGAUUUUAUCUGAAAUCAUCAGAAUGAAAGUCAUCAAUGGUAGAGACCUGUGGGACAGGCACACUAACGCAUAAUUACUAGAGCUAUAAACUGACUCAACCAUUCUGUAAAGGAAUUUAAAAUUAUCCUAGAAAAGUUACUAAACAAUAUACAUCCUUUGAUCCAAUUAUACUACUAGUUAGGACUAUACCUAAAGGAAGUCAAAGACAGAGGAAAAGUUUCCAAACACACACAUUUUUAGAAUAAAUUUUGUUAUAAUCUUGUCUAGAUCUAUAAAAUAAUCCCUUGAUAGUUUAAUUGGAAUAGUACUAAAUCUGUAAAUAAAUUUAGACAGGGUCACUAUUCGCAUUACAUGGGCAUGACGCAAUCAUAAGAAAUGACCAUGUUGCCAAUUAUUUGCCUUCUUUUAUUAAUGUAAAGUGUUUUCUAUUUGCAUUUUUAAGUCUUGGUUGUAGCUUGGUAAGUAGACUUCCAGAUAUUUACUUUGUAGUUGUUUUAGAUAAGACCUCUCUAUCAUUUCUUCUGGUUUUUAUUUUUUGUAAUAUAGUAAAAUUGAUAUUUUGAUAGACUUUUGCAUUUUUCUACUUUAAUAAAGCUUUUCUCUCAGUUCUUUAA